ACCGCCGCUCCGCGGCUCCUCCUUGGGGCGGGCCUCGCCAGCGGGGGGGCACUCGCGGCACUGAGGCGGCGGCGGCGUGUGAGCGGAGCGGAGAUUCAGUCUCAAUGGAAGUGGUACCAGCCUGGGCCUCAGCCGUGGGUUUCACGCUUCUGCCCCACGCAGGAGGAGUUUUAGGAAGCAAGAUAACCAGAAAGGAAAUCCCAGUGUGGUAUGAAUCUCUGCAGAAGCCCUCCUGGUGUCCCCCUAACUGGGUGUUUGCUCCAGUUUGGGGAACUCUCUAUACAUCUAUGGGAUACGGCUCCUACCUGGUGUGGAAGGAACUGGGGGGCUUCAGUGAAAAGGCGGUGGUUCCUCUGGGCCUGUAUGCAGGGCAGCUGGCAUUAAACUGGGCAUGGACUCCCAUAUUUUUUGGAGCUCACAAAAUGGGAUGGGGGCUGGCGACUCUCCUGCUCACAACUGGUACAGCGACAGCUACCACUGCUUCCUGGUAUCACAUCAACAGAACAGCUGCUUAUUUGAUGGUCCCGUAUUUAGCUUGGCUUACCAUGGCUUCUGCGCUCAAUUACCGGAUCUGGAAAGACAAUCGCAACAAGAAAUCUGAAUAAACAGCUUUUCGGCCAAAAACAUUUUUUUGCUCCAAGAUUUUUCUAAAGAAAGUUAUGCCUUACUUACUACUUUUUUAGCUGAACUAUUUACAUUAUGUUAUAAUUUGACGCUGCAAUCCUCAUUUUAAACAAACGUGCCUCGAGUAAGCAAGUAAAGCCUGCAUGAAGUUUCGCAGCAAAUUAAACAAUAGCACACAUCAGAAGGUACUGCUUUUCUGUAUUGCAGCAUCACAUUUUAUAUGACAAACAGCAUUUUAACAAUUACCAGAAAUAAGCACUAACUGCAACUUCAUUCAGAGGAAGAAAUCCAGCUUCCAGAAAGCUGCUCCUCGGAGCCACAAGUGCAACUGUGGCCUGAAUCAAUCACGUUUACCACUAAGCAUGGUACCUUACAGUCCCACUGCAGCUGCCGUGUCUUCUGAUCACUGUACUCUGCAAAUGUUUAAGACCAGAUCUUUUUUCAUAAUUUGUGCCAUCCCACUUGGAAGCACUGUACAAUCUUAAGUGUCUAAAGAUAUUAAACAACAUGUAAAC